CCUCGGCGACGCCGGUCACCAGCGCGCCACGGCGUGCGACUACGCGGUGGAAUACCGAGUCAGCGACCUCGCCAUGCUCAACGCGCACCGCCUCUCAGCCCUCCGCCGAGGGGGGGCUGCUGCUGCCACUGCUUUUGCUGCCAGGGCUGCUGUUGCUAACCUGGAGGCUGCGAAACUGGUUGCUACCAGCGGUGCUGUUGCUGCCGGCGGUGCUGCUGCUGGUGGCAAUGCUGAGUAUGGGGGUGCUGCUGCUGCUGGGUGGAGGGCCAUGGGAGGAGGAGGUGGCAUGGACUAUGAGAGUGCUGGCGUUUCAAUGGCCGCAUCUGACUCGGCGUGGUCCCAGGCCGCGCUGGAAGUCGAGGAAGCCAUCGCAGCAGAGGAGGCAGAGGCCCUGGCGGGGGUGGCACGGGCGCAUGCUGCUGCUAUGGGUGGCAAUUCCGAGGAGGAAGAGGGAGACGCAAGGAGGGGUGCGCAAGAGGAUGGGGCACUACGGCACAAGGCAGUCGCCGCUGCAGCAGCCGAAGCAGCAGCGGAUGCUGCAGCAGGAGUCAUAGCAGCAGGAGUCACAGCCGCAGGAGUCACAGCCGCAGGAGAUCCACACCAGCAGCAAGGGGAGCAUAAGGCAGGAGACCACCCCACCGCCCUCCACCACGCCACAUCCCUCCAGCCCCUCCUCGCCCACGCCUCUCCGCUCUCCCCUCCCACCCCUCCCAGCCGCCUGCGCAAGUUUCUGGCAGUGCACCACACCAUCCACCUCUUCUACUGGCGCAACACCUCGCACUCCCUCAACCGCAUUGUGCAGUCCGCCAUCCUGGGGCUGCUCAUAGGCUCGCUCUUCUUCCAGUACCGUGUGAACAAUCUUCUGCAGGCCACCACGGCCCAUGCAUUCCCCUUUGCCGUGCUGGCGUUUGGCACGACGUGCCAUGGGGGCACAGCCGUGGGGCUGAUCAACCAGACGAAGAAGAUCUUCGCCAAGGAGCGCGUUUACAACCAGCACUUUUUGCAGAUUUAUACAGUGGCUCACACGCUAGUGGAGAUCCCCCCUCUGCUCCUCACCUCCCUCGCGCUGGUCAGCGUGGCAGCGCCGCUGGCUGGCCUGGCGGUGGGCAGCGCGGGCACCUUCUUCUCCUUCGGUCUCACCCAGUUCCUCGCCGCCCUCGCUGUCACCUACUUUGGCUUCCUGCUCUCCGUGCUGCUGCCCCAACCCAAGUACGCAGCAGUGGUGAUUUCAUUCCUUAUCACAGCAUGGGUGGCCACGUGCGGCUUCUUCCUGCCCUUUGCCUUCACCAAGCACUUCUUCCUCGCAGUCUACUGGACCAACCCCAUUCAGUACGCCCUCAACGGGCUCACAGCAGCAGCCUACUACUGCAACACAGCGGCACCAGAGUGCACCCUCCCAGGCUGCCCCGGCGCCGCCCCUAUCUGCGCCAGCUGCCCCUGCAAGUGGUACCUCAACCCUGUCAAGGGACCCGAGUACCUCUGGGAUUUCCUCGUUGCCACCAGGUCCGCGCGCUCCGCAGUGUACUGGGACUGGCUCUUCCUGCUCUGCUUCUGCCUCGUGUGCCGCAUCGGGUCCUUUGCUGCUCUCCGCUUCCUCCGUCACAACCGCUAGCCCAUAUUGGGCUGAGAACAGCCAGGGAUCUUUGGCAGAGACGAAGUCCUUCAGUAGAUAGGGUGCUUAGUAGCAUAGCGGAAAUCCGAGUUGAACCCUUGUACUGGUAUAUGAGAGCAAAUGAUUGAUGAUAGCAAGGCAAUACCGUACAAGGGUUUAUAACGUUUUACAAGAGAAUACGAAACAUCGAACUAA